GUCAAACUCCACCAUGACCCCAGCUUCUUGGGGACUUUUGGGGAAAGCCUGAAGGAUGACGCCAAUCUACGCGCGGACAUCUCUACCAUCUCGGGAAUAGCCUCGUCAGGAACAAUAUGAGCCAGGAGAUUUUCCGUCUGUGUCGUGAUGGCAUUGCCCCAAGUCAUUGGUGAGGAGCAAUGGCUCUGCUGGUGUAUAAAAGGACCAUACCUUUUCGUCAUGGGGACCCAUUCUCUGGCUAGCGGAUCCCACCCAUAGCAGGAAGCUGGCCCGCCAUGCUUCCCUUGUACAUUGCAGCUCUCUUCGCGCUCCUGUGGCACGCAGCCAGCGUUCACAGUGUAGCCGUUAAUCACGUCUCUCGCCAGCGAUGCCAGGCUUCGAGCACUCACUGUCCCAGGGGCACUAUCAAGGUCUCGGCCUCGGACAAGCAGGCAGACUUUACCACUAUCCAGGCUGCCAUUGAGUCCCUUCCCAAUGACGAUUCCUCUCAGACCAUCCUCAUCCUUGCUGGUACCUACAAGGAGCAAGUGAACGUCACCCGUGCGGGCCCAGUCACUCUGCUCGGUCAGACAAAUGCUUCUACCGAUGCUACCAAGAACCAGGUGACCAUCACCUGGGCGGCCGCCAACAAGGACAGCACCGGCCAGAGCGUGGACAACGUCUACUCCAGUGUCCUGGUAGUUUCACCCACUCUCGACGCCAGCCUGACAGGCUCUGGCACGACGGGCUAUGCUGUACCCGCCGAUACGCCCUUUGGCAACAAGAACUUCCGUGCAUACAACAUCGACUUCACCAAUACCUGGGCUGAGUAUAGCGACGGGCCCGCCCACGCGUUAAGCUUCAGCCGCGCCAACGGCGGCUUCUACUACUGCGGUUUCUAUUCCUACCAGGACACGGUCUACGUCGGCAAACUCGGCAAUGCAUACUUCUACAGGUCCAUCCUCGCCGGCCAAACCGACUUCCUCUACGGCUUCGGCACAGCCUGGAUCCAAUCCUCGGACGUGCUCCUCCGUGGCUGCGGCGGCGGCAUCACCGCCUGGAAAGGCACAAAUACAACCUUCACCAACAAAUACGGCGUCUACAUCGUAGACAGCAACGUCCGCGCCGCAAACGCCUCCGUCGCACCCAGUAUCGUGGGCGCCUGCGCGCUCGGCCGCCCCUGGAACUCCCAGCACCGGUCCAUAUUUGCUCGCUCGUACGAAGAUGCUAGUAUCGAGGCUAGUGGGUACAUUGACUGGGUUGUGUCCGGGGUGGCGCGGUAUGAGAAGAAUGUGACAUUGAUGGCAGAGUACGAUAUCCGUGGACCUGGAUUCAAUGCAACGGGCAGGGCGGAUGGGAACGUUACUACUGUGUUGAACAAGAAAGGGUUUGAGCCGUAUAGUGAGCCGCGCAAGGUCUUCCAGAAUCAGGAGGGUGUGUUUGGGGAUGUUGCCUGGAUUGAUUGGGAGACUGUCGGUGCGAAAUAGAGAUUGAAUAUUGCAAAGCUAUCGGGGAUUUGAGGCUCCAAAUUACCUAGGAAAAAAAAGAGAUUUUCUACGCUUGGUGCUGAUAUCCU